ACGCCGUCUCCAUGCACACACACAUAGCUAUUUGCUAUCGGUCUGGCGUUCGAACUUAGCGGGACAUGGCACCAAGGUCUCCGCAAAGUGCCUUGUCCUCUCCGGCGUCUUUCCACACGGCUGUGCAAUCAGAUAUCUCGCCAACUACCUCCGCCAGUAGCUCUGCCCAACGUCGACCAUGUGCAUACAGCAAGUCAAAGCCGUUGCCUCGUGAGCUCAAGGAGCACACGCAGAUCUUCUUGGAGGAGCAGAUGUAUGUUCCCGCUUCGCAGCUUUUGAAUAGUGUUCUAGUUGCGGGCAAAUCACGCCAAAAUCCGACUAGUCGCCCUGUACCGAUUCCCCCUCCGAGCCAUAUCGCAUUCUUAACUACUCUUCUUGUCCACCCGACACAAACCACGCGCCCCACGAAACCAGAGCAAGUGGAUGUUGCGGCGUUUGCGCUCAGAUAUCUACGCAACUUGCUUCGCAUCGUAGGCCCUGUAGAGGCCAACUUUCGAGCAGCAUUUCAGUUCUAUAGCGCCCCUCGCUCCAAUCGACGCAGCUUCGCACCAGUUGGAAACUCGAGCGAUGUGGAUUCUCCUGCGAAAGAUGAUGAUGAUGAUGCUGACCUGUUACGGGGGACGAUGGCAAACCAAGGCAGUCUGUGGCGAAGAGGCCAAAACUUUUGGUCUACAGUUGGUUGGGCGUUUAACUGCAGCACCCUGUACCCGAUGCGCUGGAGGUUCUGGAAAGAAUGGCUUCAAUUCAUGAUUGAUACUUUGGAAGCAGACUGGAACGAGCGAGAGAGACGCGACCUGGAAGCACAAGAACAAAAUGGCAAUGAUACCCCAACAAACACUUCUCGAAACGAAAGUAUUAUUGUUAUGUAUAUGAAUUCAGACGGUAAUGCACAGGGGGGAUUUAAACACAUUGUUAAAUCUCUGCUUGCUGACGGAGGUAACUUAUCGUCUGCGGCUUUCCGCGAAGUGUUUGAUAAAGAGCUCCGAGGCCCUCGGAAGGAAUCAAGCAAGCGAAAGCGAGAGGAGACGACUCUAGACAUUGAAAACGGAAACUUUGGCGACUAUUUUGAUGACGAUGCAUUUUCGUCCGGUGCAUCGCAGCCACCGACACCAGAACGGCAACGUGAUAUUCGAGGAUCAACGUUUGGUGCUACGUGGCCUGGGUUAGUGGAGUCUGUCGAUUUACGAAUGAGGCUUUUCUCUCUGCUAUCCAAAGCUACAAUGGUGGCAGGCAAAAGGGGUGAGCUUGAAAGACUGUAUGAAUUGUUUGCGGCGUCUUUGAAGGUAAUCCCACUGGAAUUCUUUGCCGUGAUCAUGGCCCAUCAUGCUACAGAGCUCCCUGUAGAUAUUACCAUAUGCAAGGAGCUGUUCCAUCUUCUCUUGCCAGCGUCUUAUAAAGACCCCUCCAAGAUUGAUCCGGCAAACGACGCUGAGGGUAACAUCAGUUCUUUGAUGAUGGAACAUUGCUACAUGCCAUAUCCGGCUAAUACUAUCAGCAUCGAGGACAAUGCAAGGCUGUCGCUUGUUAUUGAGAAGGCGCUCCUCUUGCUAUUAUCAUGUGACGAACUAGAAUACACCGACUCCUUUAGAGACGCUGCGUACACGGGAAUAGAGGCGAGAAACACGAAGGUACAAAAGAAGAGGACAGGGAAAUCCAAACCGGAUGCUGAGGAUGUUUCGGCGCAAAACACCUUGAUGAGCUCAGGCGAGCGGCUGAGCAUCCUGAUGGGCGCGUUAUCUACGCAGACAUGAAAAGUCUGGGAAGAUGCUGAGUUUAUGGAAGUAUAUGGAAAAUAGCGGGUCUUACUUACGAUUCAUACAAUUUGCACGGCGUUCCGGGGGGUAUAUAUCAAUUCAUUACAAUUCAUUUCUAUGACUUUUUAAAUAUCUACUUUACAAGGUAUAAUACAAAGCUAGAGUGCUUCUCUCCAGAUUGGUGCAACAGGCCUCACGUAGUAUCAGGUAUUCGCUUCACUUCUUGGACGCCUUUGUGGGAUCCCACGCCUCGGGCUGCCAGUCUUCACUCGGGCCCUUGGCUUUGGCUUUUGCCCAAGGGUCUUCAGUUGCUGCUAUCGUUUGCUCCGGUUGAGCCGUUGUAUUGGCUGUCUUGGUUCCAAGCAGCUCAGGCUCCUUUGGCGCCUCCAUGAUUUUGGGCUUGGCCUCCCACCGCGCAUCCGCUUCGGCAGCCAGGUACUUCAUUCGCUGCUGUCGAGUGACAUCGUCGCGCUGCUCGGUCAUGCUGGGCGCCUCGCGAAGAUGCCGCAACCACUGGUGCCAGAGUGGGCUGACCUUGACGCUCGAGUAGUGUGUCGAUCGGGGGUACUGGACGAUGCGUCGCCAGGGCUCUUCUGAAUCUGCGCCGCCGCGCGUCGUCAGACGGAAUUCCCAGUAUGUAUUGCCUUGGAGAUCGAAGCCUAAUAGAUGGAUCGGCCAUGUUAGCAUGAGGCUGUGCGUUUGUCGCCGACGAGCGAGCGUGGUAGGAGGCAAGCGCUGCGUACCAACAAGGAAGCGCUUCCGCCACGGUAGGCGCAUUGCUUUCCAUCUGUACCAGGCCUGAGUAAUUGGCCCUAUUCGUUUGGCUGCCAUGAUUCUCUGGUUGCUAUAGGCCGGUCGAAAAGGCAGAUGUGGACGAAGCGAGCUUUGCGACGUCGAGUUCUG